CCAAACGAGCCCCAGCAUGGACCAAUGCAGAGCUGCAGGACCUCAUUAGUGUUUGGGGAGAGGAGGCUGUGCAAGCACAGCUGCGCUCCAGAAGGAGAAAUUAUGAUACCUAUGGGCAGAUAUCGCACUCCUUGAUGAGAAAGGGCCAUGAAUGGGACGCGUUGCAGUGCAGGGUCAAAAUUAAAGAGCUGAGGAGUGCUUACUGCAAAGCUCGUGAGGGAAAUUGCCGCUCAGGAGCUGCCCCCACAACCUGCCGUUUUUACAAGGAGCUGGAUGCCAUACUUGGGUGUGACCCCACUGCCAAUCCUAGGAGCACGAUGGAGAGUUCAGAGCAGGGAGAAGUGGGGGAGGUUGUAGAGGACGGCGACAGUGAGGCUACUGGCGUGGAGGGAGACACCCCGGAGUCCCAGUACACAGGCAGCCAGGAGCUCUUCUCAAGCCAGGAGGAGGCUAGCCAGUCGCAGCAGCAGGAAGUUGAUGGUGAGGAAGAAAUUGAGGAUCGUGCUCGGGUGACCUUGACUACUGCAGCCGGAUCACCGGCCUCAUGUAGGUUGCAGAACUUGAGACGGAAUCCUAGAAAAUCAAAAGAGGAAUUGAUCAAAUCUGUUAUGAGCCACUACAACAGAGAAAGUAGGAAGACACAGGAAUGGAGAGAGAAGACCUAUGAAUGGAGAAACAGUGUAUAUGAAUGGAGAAAGAGUGUACAUGAAUGGAGGCAAACAGAAAGCAGGAGAAAGGAAUUGUCUUCCAAAAAAACCACAAAGCAGAUGAUAAGCCUCCUGGCUCGCCAAACUGAGUCUUUCGAGUCUAUUGUAGCCAUGCAGACAAAUAUGUACCGUGGUAACCCACAGCCCUCCCAAAGCCCUCUUCCUUGUUCCCCAGUAUUUCCACAAAACAACUUUCUCCAGCAGCCAGUUCCUUAUUAUCCCCAGCUGUCCCCAACACCUGUAAGAUCACCUACCAGCCCUGAUAACUAUAAUUCUUACCCUGUUCACUCCACCCCCAUUAUUCUGCAGCAUAGUAAUCCUGAAGUGCAGCAGACAUUGAAUAGUGAUCAAAAUAGGACAUAUUCAAACCUGUGAAUGUACAGUCCAUGACCCCAACCCCCUUGCCUGUUAUGUACUGUAUGUUGAAUAAAGUUUUUUUUUCUAUUU